UAUUUGCUCUCUUUUUCUUGGGGCAUUUCAGAGAUGCAUUUCUCAGCAAUUGGUCUUGCUUAAACAUGCAACAAUGAGUAGGGCAAGUUUACAACUCCGUUGUCGGUUAAUUGUCAAAAAUUUGAUAUUCUUAUCCUUUUAAUGCAUAAUUGAAUAGAUAUAAUUUUAUAAAAACAAAAUGAAAUCCAUUAAAAAUAAAAAACAUAAGGAAUACAUCGUGGAAAGGGUUUGUGGUCGACGUAGACGAAAUGGACGGAUUGAAUAUCUUCUCAAAUGGAAAGGCUAUCCAGAGACCCAAAACACCUGGGAACGUAAAGAGCAUCUAAAUUGUUCUGCUUUAUUAAGGAAAUUUGAAAAAGAACAAAACUUCAGAGCCAACAUGAAUUCAGCAUCAGGAACUAAGAAGAAUAUAUCCUCUAUAACCAAGGGAAGAAUAUCCUCCAAACGCAAACUUGGAAAUUCAAAAACAAUAGUUCGCAAAAAUAUUGAACACAAACAAGAUUCAAAACCAAAGAGAAAGCCGAGUUGCGAAUCUAAGCAUAGCAAUAAUAAUUCCAAAUUCUUGCAUAUUACACGUUUCCACAGGGGCAUAGAGGCCGAAACGAUUAUUGGGGCCUUUGAAAUAAAUGGUAACAUCCAUUUCCUUAUAAGAUUCAAGGGCGUCAAACGAACAGGUAUUGUGCCAGCCUCAGUGGCCAAUAUCAAAAUACCACAAAUGGUCAUUAAAUUCUAUGAAGAUCAUAUAUCGUAUUCCGACAAGGAGCUGGAAACAAAAUCCAACUGAGCGUUUUGUUAUUAAAUAUUAUUAUUUUUCUUUUUUUUUUUUUUGAAUAGACUUCUUUUUUGUUUUGUUCUAAUAACCCUUACAUAUAACUGAAUAGUAUUUGAAAGAAUGUCUACAAUCAGAGAUAAAUCUUUUCAGAACUUGGCUUCCACAAAGAAAACUAUGGAUUUUCGCCCUGGAAAAUCUUUAUAGUUUUCUCGGCUGUUUUUAUACGAAAUGCAGAUCUCUUUUUGAAAUAAAAUAUAGAUCUCUUUACACUAAUUAAAAUUAAAUUUUAGUCAGUAUAAGAAUUAAUCCAUUAUUUUUGUUUAACAAAACAUAAAUCCUUUUACCUUUAUUUGUAACUUUGAAUAAAAUAACAAAAGGAAAAUAA